CGACGGCCCGCGCAUGCGCAGCGGAUGCUAUUAUUUUCGUCCAUCCCGCAGAAGCGCUAAAUGAAAAGGAUCGUUUUGAUAAGGAAUAAAUGACAUUAGCGCGCGCAGACAGCGCGCUGGGUUUGAUGGUAAACGUGCUUUAAACUACAUGGAGCUGACCGACACCUGAGCGGGAGUGUCGCGGGGAUUCGGGCGGUGUGUGCGGGGAUCGGAGGCCGAGAGCACGGCGGGCUGAGUACAGUGUGAUCUGAACAGCUGGAGGAGCGCAGAUCUGGACUUUAACGCAGUAAAAUCCGGAUUAUUCGCCUGUUCUGGGCUGUGAAAGGGCUGGAUCUGCCCUGCUCCAGGCCGCGGACGGGAUGGCGCACCUCCGAGAUAUCCAGAACCAGAACGCCCGGCUCGACCCAGAGGAGUAUUUUACGAAGCAGGAGCGCAUCGGGAAAGGCUCGUUCGGAGAGGUCUAUAAAGGCAUUAAUAACCGCACUAAAGAGGUUGUGGCCAUCAAAAUCAUAGACCUGGAGGAGGCUGAGGAUGAGAUCGAGGACAUCCAGCAGGAGAUCACCGUGCUGAGCCAGUGUGACAGCCCCUUCGUCACCAAAUACUACGGCUCUUACCUGAAGGGAACUAAACUGUGGAUCAUUAUGGAGUAUUUGGGUGGAGGCUCUGCUUUAGACCUUCUUCGCCCGGGACCACUGGAGGAGACCUAUAUCGCUACUAUAUUAAGAGAAAUCCUGAAGGGUCUGGAAUAUUUACACUCAGAACGGAAGAUUCACCGUGACAUUAAAGCUGCGAACGUGUUGCUGUCUGAGCAGGGUGAUGUGAAGCUGGCAGAUUUUGGGGUGGCGGGUCAGCUGACGGACACACAGAUAAAGAGGAACACGUUUGUUGGAACCCCGUUCUGGAUGGCUCCAGAGGUUAUUAAACAGUCAGCGUAUGAUUUUAAGGCGGAUAUCUGGUCUUUGGGAAUCACAGCGAUUGAGUUGGCUAAAGGAGAGCCGCCGAACUCGGACCUGCACCCCAUGCGUGUGUUAUUCCUCAUCCCUAAAAACCCGCCCCCCACACUGGAAGGCUCCUAUAGCAAACCCUUUAAAGAGUUUGUGGAGGCGUGUCUUAAUAAGGACCCUCGAUUUAGACCCACAGCUAAGGAGCUUCUGAAGCACAAGUUCAUCACACGCUACACCAAGAAAACGUCCUACCUGACAGAGCUCAUCGACCGCUACCGCCGCUGGAAGUCUGAAGGCCACGGAGAGGAGUCCAGCUCUGACGAUUCCGACAUGGACGGAGACGGAGAUGAGCGAGAUCAGUGCCCCAUAUGGACCUUCCCCACCGUCAGACCCAGCUCAAUGUCCAAGCUCCAGAAAGGAUAUCCAAACACAGACUCAGAGGCCGCUGAGGUGAAGAGGCAGCCCAGGUCUCAGUGUCUGACUGUACUCGUCUCACCAAUCUUCAGAGAGUUAAAGGAGAAGCGGCGGGCGAGUGGAGGAGGAAUGGGGGCCAUAGAGGAAUUGGAGAACGCCUUUAACCUGGCAGAGGAGUCCUGCCCCGGCAUCUCAGACCUGCUGGUCACACAUGUGAUGGAGAGAGUGUGCAGGUUUGCGCUGAAUGGAAACGGUAACACCGCCCCAUCAUCACGGUGAAGCCCAACUGGGACUCGGCCAGUCCUUUCCAGACCCCCGACCACACCCCCUGCCGGUUACAUAACAACCUACAGACCAUCUGCCCCCCUCUUAUCUACCCAACCCCACCCCCACAGAUCUUUUAAUUAGUUAUAAUUAAAUAUUUUUACAGUUACAGUUUCUUUAUAGAACGGAGAGUAUUUAAGAGACAGAAAAGCCAUGACAUUGACAACGCUGUGUUUACCUGUUAGAUCAAAAUCCUAUUAUAAAAGUUUAUGGAAAUUAAUAA